GUAAUUAAAAGGGACCAUGGCUAGCACGUCGUAUCAGCCACUGGAUUUAUCUAAAAGCAAGAAAAAAUACCGAAGCAUAAGUGGUGACAGGAAAUGGGAGAGAAUAUCUGUUUCCCGUGAAAUGUACGAUUCCCCCUUGAUGGCACUUCAGAGUAAGUCUAGCUCCAUCACCAGCAGCAAGGGCCUAGGACAUAUAACAAAAUACGGCAUAAAUAAGGAUAUGUCUUGCAGCUUAUCGUGGUCAAGCAUGUUCGGGGCCGCAAUACCGACAACUGCAAUUCCCGGGGACUUUUCAGCGCUGCACCGUCGUGGUUUCGUUGAACCUCCAUCACAUGGGCGCUUAAAAGCCGAAAACACAACCACACCUGUGCAAAAUGGAACCAGUUCACAUCGAGAGAUAUUCCCUGCGCUAUCAUCUAUAUUUCCCCGUUACGGGGUACCAUUGCCGUCAUCACUUACCCCCACGCACACUAGUGACGUGAUUCCUGCACAUUUACGUAGGCUACAAGAGAAUGCUUGCCCUAUGUACUGCUGCUGUUCUAACGUGCACAGCUCGCCUGAGUUCGACGCCACGCGAAUGGUAACUGAUUACAUUACGCCGUCACUCACGUUUCGUGAUAACGCCUACUGUGUUGACACACGUAAUGCAAUUACGUCACUCCGUCCAGAUUAUACUGUUCCCGUUGCCCGUAGCCCGACAAGAGGAGCAUCCCCGAAGGCGUAUUCAUAUACUGACACUGAGCCGCUUCGUGGAAAUGUUUCAAAACGGCACCGACAUGAAACUAUGUACUAUCGACCAAAAGAAGUCUGUGAACUAUGGAAAUACGAGGGCGAACGGAUAGGGUAUUUGCCUUCCGAUGGAAGUAAGCUAAAACUGUUUUCGAACGCAGACGUUGAAAAGCAAACAAUCAAAGAAGGCAUAUAUCCAUUAAAUAGAGAAUCUGAUAACCCCGUCCAGGACGUUGAUCGUGCACGUCUAGAUGAGAAAAGUGAAGACGAACCGAUGAUUAAAGACAUUUUAAAAGAAGAAAACUCGGAUACAAUAAACAUUUCAAAUUCAUCAUAUAAAUCGAAUGAGAAAAAUGAGAAGCCUUACGACAACGAUGUAAUUACGCCAGAGCACUGCCCAGCCCUGGAGAAAAACGUUAACGAAGGCAAAUCUGCGCAUUCUCGGCCACUGGUUCGGCUGAAGUCGAAAGAUGCUAUUGGACCGGGUUAUAUUGAAAUGAUUGCCAAGGCUAUUCUCAACUCGAAGUCUAAACGGUGUAUGUUAACGGAUAUCUACAAAUACAUCUCAACUACUUACUCACGAUACAGAGACGACACCGUUUGUUGGCGAAACAUCGUCCGCCACCAUCUGUCCCACUACGAGUGUUUCGUGAAAGCUGAACACAACGGUCACGCACACUACUGGACAAUCAACCCCGAAAUGGAGCAAGAUUUCAUCAACGGUAAAUUUCAUCGCAAGCGGCGACCGAACCGUCGGAAGCGGACGGUCCCGACCACCAAUAUAAUCUCAGAUAACUCGACAUUGGAUUCGGUAACAUCGCCUGUUGCUCACUGGUUUCCGAGUACAUUUCACCCAUAUUAUCAGGACAAACCUAUGAAACCUUACGUGUUCGUUCACGGGCAGCCAUGGGUUAAUCAGGACCAGUUACGAAGCUGCUAUCCGUACUUAUUAGAUGCCAACUUGCCUAGGCAUCCGCUCGAGAAACGCUAUCGGUAAUGAAGACAAUUCAAUUUUAUAUGAAUUAUAAUAUUUUGAUAGCAUGGUAGACUGAGAGUAUCUACAUUACUUAAUGUAGGCCUCACUUGUAUUAUUUAUGGAAUUCAAAAUAUGUGGCUCAGGUGGUAUAACCGAUUCAAAAGAAAUCGGGGAAUACUUAAGAAAACAUUGAGACAGGCUUUAACGAAGUUAAGCCUUGUGUAUGGAUACAUAAUUUUACAUAACAUGUAGAUUGGAGAAUGUGAUUUUCAUUAUUUAAAAUUUUGGCUUUAGGAUUAAAGGACGCCUUCUUUCAAAAUAUUAAAUGUUCGGGCUUUGGGCCAUGUUUUUGUUUUUUGUUCGAUUUUGUGCCCAAUUUGUAUGCCUACAACAAAUCUAGGCAACUAUCAGUCUGGAUUUUAGUACACAGUCUCAGGGAUUGUACAGUCACAGUGUGAAAGGUACAGUACCGAUCUCCACUUUUUUUGGACGCGGCGACCGCGGCCUCCGAGGGCACCGCGCUCCCGGCUGGAACCGCGGGUGCCGAGGGCAGCUUUAAAUCAACAAUUCUUUUCUAAAAUCUUUGACCGCUGGUUGGCUUUGCCCGCUUGUGGGCAAAAAGUGCGCUGCCCGCGAUAGUUAUUGUAUGUUAAAAUAUUUGGCCGUCUGUGUUGAUAAUAUUUUUUUACUGUGGUCUUAAUAUAGGCCUAUGAGUUUUACCUCAAUAGUAACGAACCGCCCUUAAAGAACGCCUUUGAAGUUUCAGUGAGUAAUAUUAAAUAUUAAAGAAACCACAGAAAGUUGGUUUACAACAGAAAAAAUCUCAGAUUAAUAGAAUAUAGUACUAAACAUUUUGAAUUGAAUAGAGAAAAAGAUGCACCGAUAUGGGUCAUUUCGUUAGCUUGACAUGAGUUUAAUUUUCAUUUACAUUCGUUUCGAGAUAGAUUUGUAGGUCUGUGUAAUGUUCAUAACUGUAAUUGAUACAGUUUCAUUAUUCCACGAUAAAACACAAUAAUAAAAGAACAAAAUGAAUCUAACACCCUUAAAAUUAAAAUCGAUAUCUUUUCGUAUGUUAUUUGCAGCUAUUAUCAAUAUUCGUAUGUUAAUAUUAGGUAGUUUUAUGUACCCAACAUGCAACGCGAUAGCUCCGCCCCUUUUUAUAAACAAAUCGAAAUACGCAUGUGCAAGCCCGUAACCGGCGAAAACUACCUAUUAGUAUUAGUAGCAGGUCUAUUAACUUAUCACGGCCACAAGAAAGGAUAACUUAAGUGAUUAUUGAUAUUAUACAUAUUAUUUCAUAAUUAUUAUUGUUUACGUUUUAAAGUAUUAAUAAACGUAUCUGUAGUCCAGUAAAGUUUUAGUCAAGACGUUUAAACUUUUAUGUAAAACUUGUAAAUAUACUUCUUAGUAUUAUAAGCAAAAGCAAACACCUUUAAUAAUAUUUAUUAAUUAAAAAACCUACUGUAUCAUUAAAGUUCUUGAUUAGUUAUUUAAUUGAGAACCCUAGCAGAUAAUAUGAAUAACUGCAAUACAUAAUAGUUCAUAAUUUAUAUCUUUAUGUAUAUAUUUAUUUCUGUGUGACUAGUCUAUUAGAACAAGCUCAUAGAAAUUAUAGUAAAACAUAUCAAG